CACAUUUCUGCUUAGUUUUGCACCUCCUCUUCUAGCCCCAAACAAAAUGUCUACCAAAUUCCUCCUAGUGUUGCUUCUUGGUGUGGUGGCUCUCACCACUUCCUCAUUAGCUGACCACCACAAACCACCUACUAAUCCCGGCCACAAACCACCGGAGCACAAACCACUUGCCGUAGAAGUAGACGAUGAUAAGAACCCUCUGAAGCUACCAAAACCACCCCCAAAAUACAAACCACCGACCCCAGAAGAUGUUGAGUUGGUAGAAGAUGGCCCAAAACUACCCCCAUUUGGCCCAAAACCACCCCCAUUUGGCCCAAAACCACCUGGCCCAAAACUACCCCCAUUUGGCCCAAAACCACCCCCAUUUGGCCCAAAACCACCCCCAAAACAGCCUCCAAAGGGCCCAAAACACAAACCACCAACCCCAGAAGAUGUUGAGUCCGUAGAAAAUGGUAAGAAGCCUCCAAAGGGCCCAAAACCACCCCCAAAAUACAAACCACCGACUCCAGAAGAUGUUGAGUUGGUAGAAGAUGGCCCAAAACUACCCCCAUUUGGCCCAAAACUGCCUCCAAAUGGCCCAAAACUGCCCCCAAAACAGCCUCUAAAGGGCCCAAAACACAAACCACCAACCCCAGAAGAUGUUGAGUCCGUAGAAGAUGGUAAGAAGCCUCCAAAGGGCCCAAAACCACCCCCAAAACACAAGCCACCAACCCCAGGAGAGUGAAAUACAAAAGUAACGGAGAAAGUUGCGCAGAAAAUGCGUGGCUCGGAUUCAUCCUAUGAGUGGUUUCCAAACACCAAUUGCCACUUGGGCCGCUCAUUAACUUGUCGUGCAAUUUUCUUCUAAACUUUCUGUGUUUCUAUAUCUAGGUCUGAAUAAAAGAAGGUUAGGGAAUGAAUUGCGUGUCUUUUUUUAAUCCUUUUAUUGUCGGUUGCACGGUAUUUGUUUGUGUGGUCAGUUGUUCAUUGUUAUAUACUGUGGGGAGAACUCAGGUUUCACGUGAAUGGCGUUGUUCCCAUACAGUCUUCGCCAGUAGUACGUACCAUCCUCUGUGCUGGCUAUGUGGGUUUAUCUACUCAUUCUAGUACUCCUAUGUUGUAAGUACUCUGUAGCAAGUGGGCAUGAAUGUAAGACUACUACUCCUACUUUUCAUUAUCA